UAAUUAAAAUCAUAAUAAAAUGGCGGCGAUGGUGGAGGAAGCUCGAGAUCUCGUCUCCAAUAUCCUGAGGUCGUGCACAAACUCUGAAGGUCUCAUGCUUGAAGAGAGCAUUCAAAGAGUCCUAAAGAGAAACAAUGAGCUCAAGAUGGAAGUUUCAGGCUUUCUCAAGAAAUAUUACCACGAGUUCCUUCCAAUGGCGGACUCCAGUCUCUCUCUAGAGAACAGAGCGAGGGACAUUAUGACAGACACCCAGAGACUCACCAGCCUAAUAGAGGACAACCUCAACAGCCAGCGCCUCUCUGAUUCCGCUGGUAAAAGGCAAGAAGGCGAGGCCCGUUUAAAAGAAAUAACAGUAACAAUAAGCUUUGUGGAAAGCCUAUUAGAAGUGCACAAAAGACUAAUCAAAGCAAGAGAAGAGCUUAAAAACAGCAACUACCUCAGAGCUGCCGAACUAACGGAAGCUGUGACCGAAAUUAUGAUUGAGAUUCGUGGGCUGGGCUGUGAAGCUAUAGUCUAUCGCUCUUUAAAGGAAGAGCUCGACUUGUUGAAGUCAGACAUCAAGUUCUCAUUAUACGAGGAAUGGAACAAGAUGGUGACGUGGACCACUCUCUCUUCCAACAAUCAAAGCACAGACUUGGCUAUCCUCUCGUCUCAUACAGUUCCUGCUGAGUCUUGUGAAGAUUUUGAAAAUGUUGUUUUGUCGCUUUUUACCAUUUUGGAAGAGGAAGAGUGGAAAGCAAGAGUUAAGACGUAUUCUCAAAAGCUUCUGGAGAACAUCGUGAAGCCAUUGCUGACCAAUGGUGAGCAUAGGCUUGAGGUUCAGUCAGAAAGAGAGGAUAAAAUCGAAAUGAUGAUAAUGACAUCUCCACCAGUUAGCAUUGAAGACAAGCUAUGCAGCGUAAUAACAAUAUUGACUACUGUAACAAAGAUGAUACCUUUAGCUCAUCGACCCGAUUGGUCGUCUAAGCUUGGAAAAGAAAUUGAGCCUGAGCUUUACUUAUUGGUUCAUUCACUGCUCUCACAAUCGUCGCCAAAGACAGCAGAAGAACGCACGAGUUACUCGAUGAUAUCCGAGACUGUCCUCCAAUUGGAAGAGUCUUUUGUGGAACUGGGUCUGGUCGUGUCUGAGUACACCAGUUUAAGCGAUUACACUAAAAAUGUCGAUACUCACAUCGUCAAUCAGCAAUGUCAAGAUAUACUUGACCACGCCCGUUUGAUAUUGACACGCCCACUUUACGAGACGACUGCUGUAGGUGGGGCAGACACGACAGAGUUGCUCAAGAAAUUCAAGUUUAGGGCAGAGCCACAACAGAAGGAAUUGGAACAGCAUCAAGUAGAAGCAGACAUUUCUUCUUUUCCUUUUUCUUUUUUGUUCCCAUGUUGUCUCAUUAGCUCCUCAACUAAGGACCUCAUUGCACUACUUUACGAUACUCUCUCAAAAUGUGAGUCAACUUCGGCUGCUACAGCAAGUCAGAUGUACAUUACCAGUAGAGACAUGGUUGAUCUCUUCAUCGCUCUCUCUCAAUCUUAUUGUUUGACUGGCGAGAGUGAUCCUCUUGUCUCCGUACUGCAACAUAAUAACUACAUGUACGUCUCCCACCAUCUCUUAAUCAUAGGACGACACCAGUUUAGUAGUGGUCUGCCUGGGAAGGCUCCUAUGACUUUUAUUGAUUUCGUGCCUCAGCUCCGUAGACUUGCAGAGAGCUGUUUCUUGGCAGAAAUGGGCUCUCAGACGAGCGUUAUAGAAUCUUUUCUCAAAUCGUCUCCGUCGUUUAACGAUAUUGGAUCGGACCCGGAUAAGCAAGAGUCUCUCACUCUUGCUGUCUGUCAGUCCUUGAAUCACAUUGCUAGUCUCUCAAAGACAUUCAGUAACGCAUUACCAGAUGAGCUCCACAAGAGAUGCAAGUAUGGCCUCCUCAAUCUUCUGGUCUCUGAGUUGAUUGAGCGUACUUUGUCGGUUGAAGAUUUCUCAGUUGAUGAUUCAAACUUUCUCUACACUUUCCUUUCAUCUAAUGUGCUGGAGAAGUGGUCUGUUGAUCACAGAGGGAGGGACGAGACUGAAGAGGCUGUUGCUGAUUUGUGUACGUCUUGGGAGAAACUAAAGGAGCUGGUGUUUGUUUUAAAGGCAGAGCAAGAGGACAUUGUGUCCAGAUGGGGGAAAGGAGAAGGCCCUCUUUCCAAGCAUAUGAGUGUGCCUGAGGUCAAACAUUUAAUCAGAGCAUCAUUUAAAAACACUUCAAGGAGAGCAGAGACACUAGCUAAAAUAACAUAAUUAAGAUAGACUGUUGAUAAUUAAUUUGAAAUAAAUCCA